AUGUACAAAUCCCUGAAAGCUGUGCGCAUAUCGCCUUAUAUGAUCUCCAACCUCUUCAACACGGAGGACAGCCGUGCUGCCUGGAACAACACCCUCCUCCAUAAACUUCCCUCUAACAAUCUGGAUUGCUGUCAUUUGGGACUUGCUGCCUGGGAGUAUUUCUGCGGAAUCCAUCUCUACCUGAAGGGAAAGGAAUACAGCCCCUGUGCCUGGCAGGUUGUCAGAGUGGAAAUUGAAAGGUGCCUUUCCCUCAUAGAAUUCAGCAGUCAUAUGGUUCAAAAUGGCUUGUUACCAAAAUCUGAUGCUGCCAUUGAAUAUUCUGGUUUCACUGCUUUGAGUAGGGGUUACACGUUUUAUAUCAGAGUCAGAAGGAACCAAAAAAUUUCCUGGCUAACUUCUGUCUCCACCUCGUCGACCCGAGGCCACCGAAGAGUUAGCCGGGGGCGGUGUUCUGUGGUUGUCACUGGGAGCCUCUUGGGGCACCACGCCUCUAUUCCCCUGGCGUCUCUCGCCUUCACCUGCCGCGCUGCCCCUAGCGCGUCUGCAAAGAUGCAGAGGUCGAAGCACGUUGCCGUGCGGUGCUUGAAACGCUCUCAGAACGAGCCUCCGGCGCUUGCGUCCCCGGCCCAAGCCCGCCACUUGAGGGUCGUCCCAGGGUCGCUGAGGUUCUCCGCGCCGCUGGGCUCGCGGCGUGAAGGGAGGCGGAAGGCGGGAACCGAGGGGGGGCGCCCGAGCUCGCGCGCCACGCCGCCCAGCGCGGGAUUUGCCGCUUUCAGCUGCAGCAGCUGCAGCGGCGGCGGCGGCGGGAAGAGGGGCGGAGGGCGGUGA